UUGAUUUCUUCAAUAAUUUCUAAUUCUAUUUUGUCUUAAUUUUAUAGAUUUUGUUUCCUGUAAUCGUAUUCAAAUGAUUUCACAAGAAAUUUGCACAUUCUUUGCCUUCUUUCACUCUUCAUUGCAUAUUUUAUGAGUGAUUCUUUCUCUUCAAAGAAACUUAACUCACAAUUUCUCUCUUCUUUUUCUUUGCUGUUAGUUGUUAUGGCUGAAAAAAGAGCUAAGACGACAUUGAUGGUGGAUGAGGAGGAAGACAGAUUUUACAAACUACCUGAUUCACUCAUCCAACAUAUUCUCUCCUUUCUUUCAACUAAGGAGGCCGUUUCGACUUGCCUAGUUUCAAAUCGUUGGAAGCUCAUGUGGUAUUCUGUCCCCAAACUCUCUUUUUCUGAUUUUGAUCGGGCAAAUAAUCAGAAAAAGCUUUACAGUUAUGUUAAUAAUUAUUUGGAACACCGCAAGAGAGGCAUGAAGUUUAUCCCCGAUUCAGCCAUAACUAGUUUUAAGCUUCACAUAAAUUGUUAUCAAAGAAGUAAGUCUCGUGACCUAGAUAAAUGGUUAGCUUUCAUAGUUAACAAGAAAGUGAAGGAAAUAAAUCUUCGCGUGAACAAGAAGAAGACUUAUAGGGGUGAUAUUCACUACUACUCCUUGCCUAAAACUCUAGCUGUCAAAGCAAGAUAUUUGACUAAAUUGAAAUUGAAUUCGGUGGAGUUGGAUUCUCGUUACUCGUUUAGCUUUCCAUCUUUGAAAACAUUGAAAUUAGCUUGUGUUAGGCUUGCAGAUAAUGAUGUAGUAGAUAAGCUAUUGAUGGGUUCCCCUUCCCUUGAGAAGUUGCAGUUGCGUUUUUAUUGUCAAUCUAGUGAUCCUCAGCUCCGCAUCAACUUACAACAUAGUUUAAGCCUCAAGAGUUUGCGUAUUACACUCAGUGUGGAUUUGGUGGAGAAAAUCAAUGUCAUAAAUCUUGAAUUUUUGAGCCUAAUGUGUGUUGACUUUGCCAAGAUACGAGUCUCUGCAUGCAAGGCAAUUAGAAUUCUCAACUUAAGUUGUUAUCUGGGUAUGGAAGAUUUGUCAUCAUUAGAAUAUCUCAUUUCUAACCUUCCUCUUCUUGAAGAAUUCACUUUUACCAAGGUGCAUAAAUGGAAGUUAAAGCACAUUGAAAUCUCAAAUCAACACUUGGUAAAACUCAUUGUACAAAACUUUUUUGGUGAAGAAUUGAAUGUUAUACUUAAAUCAACUCCGAAAUUAACGACAGUUGUUUAUACUGGUUGCAUCAACUUGAGUGUGUCAAUGGAGUCUUCCAAUUUGUUGUUUGGAACUUUUGUGAUUCAUGAGGGGCAAGAGAACUAUGACACCGAUUGGUUUCUUGAUUUCACCAAUUUUCUUUUGAAUCUCAAGUGUUCUUGGAGAAGCAUAGAUAUUCAUGUUAAAUCAGAUAAGGCUCUUAUCUUUCCAGAGAAGUUGAAAAGGGUAUGUCGUUCACCUUUGGUUGACUGGAAAAAUCUUACAUUUUCUACUGAAUAUGAACUGAAGAGGGAAUCAAACUUAAAAGAUGCUCUGCAAUGGAUUUCUCCUACAUUAUCUUUGAAGAAAGGGCGUCAUUUUUACAAAAGUUCUUUUAAAGUUUUUGAAAAUUUUCAAAAGAAUAAAGAAGCGUUUUUUUGAUUAUAUUAUAUUUUCAAUACCUUGUUACUUGGCUGACUGGAAAUUCAAUAUUAUAUUCAGUAGCCUCAUUAGGAAAGGUGAUGAAAAAUUGGUUUCUCAAAUGUUUGGACAUUUUUUAGCUGUAUAAUAUAAAGAUUCUAAAGUGAUUUUCUGCUAUUAA